ACCCAGAGAUUUCUGGGAAAUGGAGUCCGAUGGCGCAGGGAGGCAUGUGCGCAUGACCGGAAGUUGCGUUAUUUAGGCGCGUCCUCUUUGGCCUGGGAGCUGGGCCUGCGACCGCAGUUUGUAAGCUCGUGCAGGUGGCGGUAUCCGGUAGCUUUUUCGCGUAGCCGGAAGCGGCUUUUUCUCUAGGUGUUCUGGAGACCGAGUUGUCUGUUGCACCGCAGGCUCCUGAGCCGUGACCUGGCUGUGGCUGAGCAGACAGUAAAAGACCGGGCUGGACAGGCCCGACCCGGCUCAGCACCGCAGAUUCAGACCCGGCCGUUGAGGGGAGAGGCCUGAGAGAAGAGCCCAGAGCGGGGCUGGACCUUCAGUGAAGUGACGCUGACGGGCAGAGAACAGCUGGGAGGCGGUGGCGCUAGGUGGGACACAAAUGCUGGAGGAAGGAGGUGAGAAGGACUGGUGGAGCGGUUUAUGGCUUCCAGCUUGCCCGCUGAUACUGCUGUGUGACCCGGAGCCACCAUCUCCAGAUCCUGCCCUUCCCCAAGAGGAAGGCACAGAAGAGGAAGGAAUGGCAGCUGGUCUUGCAGCUGGGCCCCAAGACCGCACGCCUUUCAGCAGUGUGGCUGUAGCAUUUACCCAGGAAGGGUGGAGGCUCUCGGUCCCUGCUCUGAGGGACAGGUUCAUGGAGGGGAUACCAGAAGAGUCCAGAAACCUGGUCCUCCUGGGACUUCCAGUCUCCCAGCCUGUAAUGAACUCCCAGUUGGAACAAAGGGAAGGCUCAUGGAUGCUGGAGAGAGAAGGCCUAAGGAGUACCUGUCCAGACUGGAAGCCUGAGUCACCACCUGAGCAACACAUUUCCAAAGAAUCAUUCCAAGACACAAGUGUAGAGCUGCCCCCUGGGGAGUCAGGUCACAGGAACCGUGAACUGGGGAAAAGCUGCAAUCUGAGACCAGUACUUUCUCCGCAGCAGAAAGUUCCUACAGAAGUGAGACCCUGUAAACAUGAAACACACACAGAGAGCCUCAGGGAGGAUUUGGAUAUAAUUACACCUCGCAGAGCGAAGCCGUACACGUGUAAUGAAUGCGGCAAAGCCUUCAGUUACUGUUCUUCCCUUUCUCAGCAUCAGAAGAGCCACACUGGGGAGAAGCCGUAUGAGUGCAGUGAAUGCGGGAAGGCCUUCAGCCAGAGCUCCUCUCUUAUUCAGCACCAGAGGAUUCACACUGGAGAGAAACCUUAUAAGUGUGGUGAGUGUGGAAGGGCCUUCAGCCAGAACGCAAACCUCACAAAACACCAGCGAACUCAUACCGGAGAAAAGCCCUACAAAUGUAGUGAGUGUGAGAAAGCCUUCAGUGACUGUUCAGCCCUGGUUCAGCAUCAGAGAAUUCACACCGGAGAGAAGCCUUAUGAAUGCAGUGACUGUGGGAAGGCCUUCCGACACAGCGCAAACCUCACAAACCACCAGAGGACUCACACCGGGGAGAAGCCCUACAAGUGCAGCGAGUGCGGAAGGGCCUUCAGCUACUGCGCAGCCUUUAUUCAGCACCAGAGAAUCCACACCGGGGAGAAGCCCUACAGGUGUAACGCAUGUGGGAAGGCCUUUAGCCAGAGCGCGAACCUCACAAACCACCAGAGGACUCACACCGGGGAGAAGCCCUACAAGUGCAGCGAGUGCGGAAGGGCCUUCAGCCAAAGUACAAACCUUAUAAUCCACCAAAAGACCCACACUGGGGAGAAGCCUUAUAAAUGUAAUGAGUGUGGGAAGUUCUUCAGUGAGAGCUCAGCCCUCAUUCGACAUCAUAUAAUUCACACAGGCGAAAAGCCCUACGAGUGCAAUGAGUGUGGAAAAGCAUUUAACCAGAGCUCAUCCCUUAGUCAGCAUCAGAGAAUUCACACUGGUGUGAAGCCCUAUGAAUGCAGAGUGUGUGGGAAGGCCUUCAGGUGUAGUUCAGCCUUCAUCAGACAUCAGAGACUCCAUGCUGGAGAGUAACUGGGAAUACAACCAGAGUGGACUGGGGACAUCUGACUUUAAGUCUGUAGCCCAGAGCCACAAGUAAAAGCACCUUUAAUAAAAUAGUCACCAUUUUACAUGUUGCA